AUGAGCGAAUCAAUAAAUGUAAAGCAUAAAAUAGGAGAUACAUAUAGGAAGGUGUACUCGUAUUUUAAGCCAAUCACAUACUCGUCUUCAUUUGUUAAAAAUGGGACACUAACCCCAGCGGAGUUUGUGGACGCGGGGGAUUUUCUGGUAUACAAGUUUAGAACAUGGGAAUGGCAAGAUGCAGAUAAAAAUCGGAGAGUUCCCUAUCUACCGGAGGGGAAGCAAUUCCUCUUAACGAAAAAUGUGGCGUGCAAACAAAGAAUUAAGGACUUGAGUUAUAUUAUGCGCGAUGUGAAAACUGUUGAAAACGAUUGGCUGCUUCCAAGUUACGAAGAGGAGAACAACGCCACUGAUAUAGAUGAUUACAUGUGUGACUUGGAGCCGCCCCCUAGAAGUGUGCCCCCACAGGAAAAGACCCAUAACCACCACGAUGAUUUGGUGGAAGAAGACGAUGAAGCCAUUGACAUACAUAAUUUUGACGCACACUUUGAUCCAAACUAUGACCUCAUUAAGCUAUGCAUUAUUUUCUCUCCACAGGAAGAUGACCCAGCCGCGCUGGACCACGCAGAUCUUUAUUCGUACGGUGGGCAGAAUGAAAACGUUAUGAAAAUACGCACGUAUGAUGUGAGCAUAACCUACGACAAGUAUUACGAAACUCCCCGGAUAUGGCUGUUUGGAUAUGACGAAAAUGGGCACCCGCUAAAAUCGGAGGAAAUUUUUGAAGACAUCUCUGCAGAGUACAGUUACGAGACGGUCACUUAUGACCCCCACCCGUGCACAGGCGUAAUGACUGCAUCUAUCCAUCCAUGCAGACACGCCGAAGCUAUGUUAAACAUUGUAAAAAAUUGGAUGAGCGAGGGAAAGGAACCGAGGCAUGAUCUGUAUCUUCUCUUCCUUUUGAAGUUUGUCUCUGGCGUGAUACCAACGAUUGAGUAUGACUUUACAAUGGAUGUAGAGUUCCCGAAGGAUGACAGGCAGGAGAUGUGA